AUGACGAAGGAGUAUACGGGUGUGAUGAAGCUGGGGGAGGCGACACCGUCGCUAGAUGCGGAUACGGAGGUGUGUGAGAGGAGGGAGUGGGAGGGCGUGACGGGGGAGCGGUUGCGGGAGGCGGCGGAGGGGUUUCUCGGGGAGUGUCUGCAGGUGCCGCCGGCGUUUUCGGCGCUGAAGGUGGGGGGGGUGAGGGCGUAUGCGAUGGCGCGGAAAGGGCAGGAGGUGGAGCUGAAGGCUCGGCCGGUGACGAUCGAGGAGUUUGAGUACGUGCACUUCCGAGUGGUAUGCUCCAAGGGCACCUACGUCCGCACUUUACUGGCUGACCUAGCACAGGCCGUAGGCACGGUGGGGCACCUGGUGGCUCUGAGAAGGGAGAGAAUUGGGGAGUUGAAUGUGCGGCAUGCUGUGAGUGUGGAUGAGGUGGUGCAGGCGUGGAUUGAGAAGCACCCUGGGGAGGAGCUGGCGGAGAUGCGGGGGGAGCUGGCGGAAACGCGGAGGGAACACGCGGAGACGCGGAGGGAAAUGGAGGAGUUGAGAGCGAUGGAGCAGCGAGUGCGAAUGGAGGUGGCGCAGGCGCGGGAGGAGAGGCAAACAGGAUCGUACGAGUGGCGACAGCAGCUGGGAGGAGUGCACGCUGCAGUGGAUGAGUGGGAGAGAGAAGCAGGAGAGGUGGCUCUGGCUAUCAGUGCACUCCAAGGCAAGAUGCAGGGGAUGCAGGGAUUUAUGCGCAGCCGUGCAAGCAAGGGGGAGGUGGCGGCAGUGAGGAAGAGGCUGGGGGGAGUGCGGAAGGGCGUGAUGGGCGCGGCGCAGCGAGAGGAGCAGCGAAAGGUGCAGCAAGAGGCGUGUGGGAGUGAGUGUGAGCACAAGGUCCGUAUGGCACAGCUGGUGCAGGAGAACACGACUCUCAUGUGCGAGAAGGCUGCUGCAGAAGCAGAGGUGAAAAAGCUUUGGGAAGCGUUGGGUGCUGCGGUGCGGAGUAAUGAUGAAAUGGGUGCUGCGCUGGCGGAGAGAGAGAGGGAGCUGGCUCAAGCUAUCAAAUUAGCGGCACAAAACACCGACACAACUCUCGUUCUGUCCGGGUUUCCCUGCCUGUCAGAUGCCAUGCUAGGCCAUGUAUCCACCAUGACCCGCCUGCAAUGCAUUCACCUGGACGAAUCCUCAGGGUUCAGUGCGGACGGCAUAAGGCAGCUGUACCGCCUGCCGAGCUUGACGCAACUGUCCUUCUGGGGCGCAGCAGUCACAGACGAGGCUCUCCAGGGCAUCGAGGCAUUAAUGGACCUAGAUUAUCUCUACCUCAGUGAAACUGCGGUGGGCGAUGCUGGUCUGCAGCACCUCACGGGCCUUGUGACUUUAGAGCAGCUGGUUCUCACUGAAUGCUUGCGGGUUACUUCUGCUGGCAUGGUGCAUUUGGGGAAGCUGACGAGCCUCCGGUUUCUGAAUCUGAGCGAGACGAGUGUGAAGGAGGACGGGCUGUGGCACUUGACUGGCUUGGCUGAGCUGUGCUCGCUCGAUCCACCGAAAGGGGUUUGUAUGAACCAGGAGCAGCUUCGCAGGCAGUUGGAAAGAAGCAGCAGAGGGGCUGCAGAGGCUAUGGAGGAGGCAGUGAGGGCGCUCGGCGCGCAGCUGGAGGAGAUGAGAGCGAUGGAGCAGAGAGUGCGAAUGGAGAUGGCACAGGCGCGGGAGGAGAGGCAAACAGGAUCGUACGAGUGGCGACAGCAGCUGGCAGGAGUGCGCGCUGCAGUGGCGGAGAGGGAGAGAGAAUCAGGAGAGAUAGCUCGGGCUAUAAGUUCGCUCCAGGGCAAGAUGCAGGGGGUGCAGGGAUUUAUGCGCAGCCGUGCUGGGAAGGGGGAGGUGGCGGCCGUGAGGAAGCGGCUGGGGGGAGUGCGGAAGGGCGUGAUGGGCGUGGUGAGAAGAGAGGUGGCAGCAGCGGUGAGAAGGGAAGUUGCAGCAGCAAGGGGGGAGAGAGGAGGAGCGAAGCAAGAGGUGCAAGGGGCGGUGCAGCGAGAAGAGCAGCAAGAGGAGCAGCGAGAGGUGCGGCGAGAGGAGUGUGAGAGUGAACGCGAGUGUGGGAGUGAGUGUGAGCACAAGGGCCUUGUGAAGCAGCUGGUGCAGGAGAAGGCUGCCCUACUAUGCGAGAAGACUGCUGCAGAAGCAGAGGUGCGAGAGCUGCGAGCACAGUUAGAGGCGCUGAGAGCAAGCGAGCAGAGAAAGGGGAUGGGAAUGGAUACGGGGUUGCAGCCAGCACAGGGUCAAGAGGAGGCGGGGCGGGUUGAGACUCAUGAAUGUAAGCAGCUGCCAGGAGAAAGCACUGUAGUGACGGAGAGGGAGGGAGAAGUAGGAGAGAUGGGUCGGGCUAUCAGUGCGCUCCAGGCUACGGUGCAGGGGGUGCAGAGCGUUUAUGUAGGGGAUGUGGCUUCAGAAGUGAGGCUGGCAGGGGCAUGGAAGGACGUGAUAGAAGCAGUGAAAAAGGAGGUUACAGCGGUUGUGAUGGCUUUGGUUAUGGGGGACGAGGAAGCGGGGGAUGGAAUGAACGGGGAGGGGUCACGAGUGCUAUCACCUAUGCAGAAACUGAUGGUGAAAGUGAUGGGGCCACAAUCGGAGCGAGAGUACCGGAGAGUGACGGGGCAGAGAAUGUUGCGGGCGAUGUAUGAUUGCGAUAACAAGGGGUGUGUGGCGCACCUGGUUCAGGAGAGCUCAGAGCCUGAGUACCUGAAAAAGGCAAAGGAUGCAUCAGCAGAGGUGAAAGAGCUAAAGGAGGCUUUGGGUGCUGCGCUGCGGAGGAAUGAUGAGAUGGGUGCUGUGGUGGAGGAGAGGGCGAAGGAGCUGGCUCAAGUGAAGGGCGAGCUGAGCAGGGUGUUGGCUGAUUGGGAGAGACAAUUGACUGAAGCUCCAAGAGAGGUGGACGUUGACAAAAAAAUCAGGGAGAGCACAGGAGAUCAAAGGAAGAUAUGGCAGGCUAUCCAAACAGCCUCGCAAGGACAAAAGCUGUAUCUGAAUUUGAACAAAUUCUCGUGCCUGUCAGACUCAAUACUGGGCCAUGUUUCCACCAUGACCCACCUGGAGUACCUUCACCUGGACGAAUCUUCAGGGUUCAGUGCAUUGGGUAUGAGGCAAGUCUUCUCCCUGCGAGGGUUGGUGGAGCUGUUUGUUCGAGGGGCAGCCGUGACAGACGAGGCACUAGAAGGCAUCAAUGCGUUGAAGAACUUAGAACGGCUCUUUCUAAGCGAAACUGAUGUGAGCGAUGAGGGUCUGCGGCAUCUCCCAGGCCUAACAUCAGUGCGGGAGCUGUUUCUGUCUGAGUGCUGGCGAGUCACAUCUGCAGGCAUGGUGCAUGUGGGGAAGUUGAGGAACCUGCGCACGCUGGGGUUGAGAGAUACGAGCGUGAAAGGUGAUGGGUUGAGGCAGCAUUUGUUCAUCGGCAUUAUGGCUAGACACGCGCUUUUGGCGCUCUCGCUGGCGCUGCUGGUCGCCGCCGCGCGUGCCGGCAGUCCCAUCACGAGCAGCACCGCGAACGAGAAGCCCGACCCGAGCAGCAAGAAGGACGACGGGCUGAUGACGGAACUUCCCCCGGACAUCGCGAAGCAGGCGGCGUCGGGCAACGCGGCGGGAUUGACGUACGUGGACACGUCGCAGGACUCGUUCUUCAUGGCUGAUGUGAAGAAGGCCGGGUGGAACGCGCAGAAGUGCCCGCCGGGUUUGAACAAGGAGCUGUCGGGCGCGUGCACGCCGAAGAACUGCUCCAAGGGCGGCAUCGCCGCCAAGUGGAAGACGGCGUACCUGCAGAAGAACAAGCUCGGUUACGAGCUGUACGUGCCGGGUAACCCGCUCACGCUGCUCAAGGCGAACCCCGCGGCGUGCUGCAACACGUGCGCCGCGACGCCGCUGUGCACGUACUGGCAGUACAUUCCCGAUAUUACCAUCGACGGCAAGAAGGGCAAGGGCGCGUGCUACCUGAUUCACGACCAGAUCGACUUCACGUGCGGCGAGAUGACCGCGCAGUACAACACGGAGACGAAGCCCGUGCCGCUGCAGGUGCGCAUCGGCGGCGAGUGCAACCCGAGCGCCAAGAUUCUCAACGACCCGCAUCUGGCGAGUGACGUGCUCGCGGUGGACUGCGCAUACACCGCGUAUGGCCGCGCCAGGCAAGCGAUGCCCGUGCAGCGGCUUCCGUAA